AUGAAGGCAUUAUCAGAAUCACAUCAGAACGUGAGAAGUUCCAGAGCCAAGGGCCGGAAAGAGGUGAGGCCCAGUCUGAGUGAAGAUGAAAAGGAGAAUAUCAGCAGGAACGAUAGCGUCGCUAACUUGGAGUCUGUCGAUACUAAUGCAGUCGAGCAAGAAUUUUCUGAUGAAGAUGUCUCUUUUGAUACUGCCAAUGAAAUCCAAGUCGCCUCUCUUCAGCCGAUUGCGCAACCAGAUCAGUGCGCAACCACAAUGGAGACGGAAGUUGAAGUUGAACAAGAACAACAACUGCCAGCAGAGACCAAGCCAGCAGAGAGACUGGUGAUAGAUAAAUUGGUUCUCACGAAUUUCAAGUCUUAUGCUGGGAAGCAAACUAUUGGGCCUUUUGACGCGUCUUUCAGUGCAGUUGUUGGACCCAACGGAUCUGGAAAGUCCAACGUGAUCGACUCUUUAUUAUUUGUUUUUGGUUUCAGAGCUACGAAGAUGAGACAGAGCAAGCUGAGUGAGUUGAUUCACAAGUCUGAGAAUUUUCCUAACCUGGAAUUCUGUGCUGUAGAUAUAUACUUCAAGCUGGUUGUGGACAACGAAGAUGCUACCAGCAGCGAUAUCGCGGAUUCCACGCUGCUUGUGUCCAGAAGAGCAUUCAAGAACAACGGCUCAAAGUACUACAUCAACAACAUGGAGAGUACGUAUUCCAUAGUGACGAAGAUGCUCAGAGAUAAGGGUAUCGAUCUGGAUCACAAGAGAUUCCUGAUCCUCCAAGGUGAAGUCGAGAGCAUCGCCCAGAUGAAACCAAAGGCCGAAAAUGGAGGUGAUGAUGGACUGCUGGAGUAUCUUGAGGAUAUCAUCGGCACUGCCGAUUACAAGGGCUCCAUAGAACAGAGUCUGGGAAGAGCCGCAGAGCUCAACGAAGUGUGUCGAGAAAAAGAGGGCAGAUUUAAGAUUGUUGAAGACGAAAAGUCGGCUCUCGAAGACAAAAAAGAUGGUGCACUUGAAUUUCUGAAAAAGGAAAAAGAGCUUUUGCACUAUCGCUCGAUACAGCUGCAGUACGAACAAGCCAAAUAUUCGAAGGAGCAAACGACGGUUGAGGAAACAGUCAGCGGACUUGCUGACAAGUUGAACCAGGAACGAACUGAGACCCAGGAAUAUGAGCAAGAAAUCAAAGAUAUGAUCGAAGAACACCAUGGCCUGAAGCAAAGUCUCGAAAAGCUCACCAAGCAGGUCAGCUCCCUUGAAAAAUCCUAUAGGCAAAUACAGAGGGAAAAGAUGUCUUUGGAUGAGAAGCUGAAACACUUAGAAACCAAGAAAAAAAAGGCCUCGAAGUCGCUGGCUUCAAACGAGCAGUCUGUGAGAGAAGCGGAAGCCAACACUGCUCAAAUUGAGAAGGAGCAGGAAGACUUCCAGUCUCAGCUGAACUCUUUGGAUAAGCAACUUGCAAAGGAGAAGGAAGAACUGGAGAGUGCCAGACUUGAAUUGGCGGAUAAGACGCAAGCGUUUACCCUCGAGGUUGAGGAAUUGAAGGAAGUUUUGGAGCCCUGGAUUGAAAAGCUGAACUCCAAAGAUAGCCAGAUAGCUGUUCUACAGUCGGAACUGGAAAUGCUGGUCAGAAAGAAGAACGAGAGCGCCACAGAGCUUGCUAGAAUUCAGGAACAAAUUGAGGCGCUGAUCACCCAAGGGAAAGAUAAGAAGCGCCAGGCUUUGGAGCUUAGAGAAGAGAACAAAGGUCUGCCUUCAAAAAUCAAACAGGGAAAAUUCUCUGUAGAGAACGCCAGCAGAAAGCUGGAAGAAUUUCACAGCGAAGCAUCAACGCUGAGACAGAAAGUUUCUGAGGCAAGAAACAAUUUGUCGAGCGAUCAGAAUAAAAGCAAAGUGUUGACUGCUCUUGGAAGACUUAAACAAACAGGCAGAAUCGAAGGUUUCUACGGCAGACUGGGAGACUUGGGGGCAAUAGAUGAGAAAUACGAUGUUGCGAUCUCCACUGCUUGUCCUGGUUUGGACUCUAUGGUUGUGCAAACUGUUCAAACUGGUAGGCAAUGUCUGGAAUAUCUCAGAAACAAUAACCUGGGAUACGGAAGGUUUCUGGUGUUGGACGAACUGAGGCGUGGAAACAUGAAUCCUAUUCAAACACCACGUAAUGUUCCCAGGCUUUUUGAUUUGGUCAAGCCUGUUGAUUCCAAGUUUGCGCCAGCAUUUUAUGAUUCCCUGGGAGACACGCUAGUUGCUGCCAACCUGGAAGAAGCCAAAAGCGUGGCGUAUGGAGCGAGGAGAUGGAGAGUUGUCACGAUAGAUGGCAAAGUCAUCGAUGUGUCUGGUACUCUCUCCGGUGGUGGAGAUUUUGUGAACAAGGGUGGUAUGAAGUCUUCGAAUGCUGGAAACAUUUCAGAAGCAGAAAUUGAACAGUUGGAGAAGACUCUCAACGAUAAGGAAGCAUUUGUCAAGCAAGCCGAGGACGUCUAUGAUCAAAUGGUGACACACUUGCGCGAUCUGGAAGAACGUAAGCCUGAGAUCGAGACCGAGCUCGCGAAACUUUCUAUGGAUGCCGAUGCUAUAGCUACUGAGAUCCAGGCCCUUCAGCGCACUGCUCAAGAAAUUAUCAGAAACACCUCCAAUUCUUCUGAAAUUGAUGAAGCUAUUUCGCAAACAGAGUCUAAACUGGCCACUUUGAGGGUUGAAAGAGAGGAGCUGAAGGCUGGAGCAGCUAAAAUCGAGCAGGAAAUCAAGGAAGUGGAGAACAAAAUUAUGGAUGUUGGUGGUGUGAAAUUGCGUAUGCUGCACUCCAAAGUUGAUUCUGCUCUUCAAAAGAAAGAGAUUGUGCAGAAGCAGUUCCAAUCACAUAAGACCCAGCUUAAGAAACUGGCUGGUGAUCUGACAAGACUCGCCAAAGCUGCAGCUUCAUACAAAAAGGAUAUCGAGGACUGUGAGUCGGAGAGUGACAAACUCACUUCUUCAAAUGCGGAGAACGACUCUGAGUUUGUGGCCUUGGAGGCUCAAAUUGGUAGUCUCCAGGGAGAACGGGAGGAUGUUAUUUCCAGUAUUGAGAAGACGGGAGAAGAGUUGGAUCUCAAGGAAAAACGGCUCGCUGAGCUUCGCUCAGGACAGAUCGAGAUUGAAAACAAGUUGGAAAAGCAUCAGGGAUACUUGAAAAGUGUGGUCAAAAAGUUGGGCACAAUUCAAGAAGAGUUGGAUAGUUUUGAGAUUCGAACUUUUGAUGAAAAUGAGCUUGAAUGGCUGGAAGAGAAGGAUGAGGCACGCAACGAGAUUGAUCAGUCGGGUAUUCUCUCCAGACUUACUCCUGACGAGAUAGAUGACAUCAAAAUUGACGAUGUGGAAGCCAAAAUUGCCAAUCUGGAAGACUACAUGGAAGACGUCAAAGUGGAUCUUGACGUUUUGCAGGAGUAUAGCAGAAGAUACAGGGAGUACAAUUCGAGAAAGUCUGAUUUGAACAAUGCUGUUUCUGAAAGGGAGAGAGAAGUUGAGCUUGCAGAAACGUUAAAGAAGAAGAGGUACACGGAGUUUAUGGCUGGUUUUCACACCAUCUCCAUGACACUGAAGGAGAUGUACCAGAUGAUCACGAUGGGUGGUAACGCAGAGCUGGAGCUUGUGGAUUCUCUGGACCCAUUUAGCGAAGGAAUCCUGUUCAGUGUCAUGCCUCCGAAAAAGUCCUGGAAGAACAUCUCUAACUUGUCGGGUGGUGAGAAGACACUUUCGUCCUUGGCGUUGGUCUUCUCGUUGCAUCGUUAUAAGCCCACUCCCUUGUACGUGAUGGACGAGAUCGAUGCCGCUCUUGAUUUCAGGAAUGUCAGCAUUGUUGCAAACUAUAUCAAGGAUCGAACGAAGAAUGCUCAGUUCAUUGUCAUCUCUUUGAGAAACAACAUGUUCGAGUUGGCGAAACAGCUCGUUGGUGUCUACAAGGUGAACAACAUGACGAAGUCAAUAUCUCUUCAGAAUAGGGAAAUGGUGAACGAACAAUCGGACCCACCAAGCUGA